AUGAGUCUAAGAAACCAACGAUUCUCUGUUCUUAAACAACCCAUAUUUUCCACACUUAAUCAGCAUUUGAUAGAUUAUCCAACCCCGAGCAAUAUUAGUUAUUGGUGGGGAUUCGGUUCGUUAGCUGGGAUUUGUUUAGUCAUUCAGAUAGUGACUGGCGUUUUUUUAGCUAUGCAUUAUACACCUCAUGUGGAUCUAGCUUUCAACAGCGUAGAACACAUUAUGAGAGAUGUUGAAGGGGGCUGGUUGCUCCGUUAUAUGCAUGCUAAUGGGGCAAGUAUGUUUCUCAUUGUGGUUCACCUUCAUAUUUUUCGUGGUCUAUAUCAUGCGAGUUAUAGCAGCCCUAGGGAAUUUGUUCGGUGUCUCGGAGUUGUAAUCUUCUUAUUAAUGAUUGUGACAGCUUUUAUAGGAUACGUACUACCUUGGGGUCAGAUGAGCUUUUGGGGAGCUACAGUAAUUACAAGCUUAGCUAGCGCUAUACCUGUAGUAGGAGAUAGCAUAGUGACUUGGCUUUGGGGCGGUUUCUCCGUGGACAAUGCCACCUUAAAUCGUUUUUUUAGUCUUCAUCAUUUACUCCCUUUUAUUUUAGUAGGCGCCAGUCUUCUUCAUCUGGCCGCAUUGCAUCAAUAUGGAUCAAAUAAUCCAUUAGGUGUACAUUCAGAGAUGGAUAAAAUUGCCCUUUACCCUUAUUUUUAUGUAAAGGAUCUAGUAGGUUGGGUAGCUUUUGCUAUCUUUUUUUCCUUUUGGAUUUUUUAUGCUCCUAAUGUUUUGGGGCAUCCCGACAAUUAUAUACCUGCUAAUCCGAUGCCCACCCCGCCUCAUAUUGUGCCGGAAUGGUAUUUCUUACCCAUCUAUGCCAUUCUUCGUAGUAUACCUGACAAAUCGGGAGGUGUAGCCGCAAUAGCACCCGUUUUUAUAUGUCUCUUGGCUUUACCUUUUUUUAAAAGUAUGUAUGUACGUAGUUCAAGUUUUCGCCCGAUUUACCAAGGACUCUUUUGGUUGCUUUUGGCGGAUUGCUUACUACUAGGUUGGAUCGGAUGUCAACCUGUGGAAGCACCCUUUGUUACUAUUGGACAAAUUCCUUCUUUUCUUUUCUUCUUGUUCUUUGCCAUAACGCCCAUUCUGGGACGAGUUGGAAGAAGAAUUCCUAAUUCUUACACGGAUGAGACUGAGAACACCUGA